AUGAGACGAUUGCCAUUAAAUACUGGACAACUUCAACGAUAUCCAAUCAAACCAUCUGCUUAUUUGACGACAACAUUAGGCACAGACGAGCUCAAAAAUCUGAACGGAGUUAUUUACAUAAGCACAUUGAAGCAAACUCAGAACAAUUAUUUCUAUGUGUUCGAUGUUUUUGAUGCUCAAAACAUUAAUAUGCAAGGACUGGGAAAUGUCAAUGUGGUUUCGGUUUUCUUGAAUACAAAUAAUAAUACUAAUCCAGUGAGAUCUACAAAAAUAAGCAACUGGAAGCAAGGCGAACAAGCUCGUGCACUCAUGUACGCCGGAAUUCCGAUGGAUUCCAUCGAGCCAAUAAAUACUCAAAUCUUUUCGAAUCCAAUGCAUACUGACAUAACAGAUAUAUACUUCUCAAAUGUAGAACAGUUCUCUUUGGGAAUCGUUGCCUUCUAUCUUAAAACGUAUUCUGGAUGCAGUUUUCUAAUUGAGCCAGGAUAUGUUCCACUUGCUGGCUCCACGACAACAAGUACUACUACUACGGGAUUUUAUAUGAAACCAUACGGUGUUCUUGAUGCAGCACUCACUAUCAACACGUUGAGAGAUUUUACUAAAACAGGUUACACUGGUUCUAAUAUUCUCGGACAUUUACCAGAUAACGGUGUAGUGAACUUCGAUGUUUACGAUGGUUCCUUACACUAUUCUCAAGCUACAGUUCCAAAUGAUUUCUUUGCUCCAUGGAGUACUCCACACAUCGGAAAUAACUUUGUCAUUUCUUCUGCGAAUUCUAGAGAUGGACAGUAUUAUGUGCAGUAUUAUGUAUCCCAAGGAGCACUGGACAAUGUUACAACUACAGUACCGACAACCCCAAAACCGACAACCCCAAGACAUGUUGAAACAACCACCAAAGUUUCUGUGGCAAUUCUAUCUGGAUUCCCUCUCAUGAUUUUAAUGACAUUUAUUAAGCUAUUAUGA